AUGACCUCCUCCGCCCUCAACGUCCUCAUCGUCGGCGCGAACGGCUACCUCGGCACCGCCAUCGGCCAAGCCUUCCUCCGCACCCGCCCUUCCGUCCCUUCUCCUCCUGCUUCCACCACCACGACCGCGGCCUCUCCUCCUCCUCCACCUCACUUCCGCGUCUUCGGCCUCGUCCGCCGCGCCUCCGCCGCCCGCACCCUCGCCGCGCAAGAAGUCGUCCCGAUCAUCGGCUCGCUCUCCGACGACGACCCAACCGCGCUGCGCGACAAGAUCCUCUCCCACAUCGCCGCCAGCAACGGCGAUGACAACAGCAGUGAGGGUGGGGCCAAGCCGGCCGUCCACGUCAUCGCCAUCUGCACCGAGCCAGCCGACCGCGCGGCGCGCGCGAAGCACUGGACGGACGUGCUGGGACUCGUGCAAGGUCUUUCUGCCUCCUCCUCCUCCUCCGCCGCCGCCGCGAAAGACACCGGAGCGGGAGCUCAAGGAAAGCCAACGCGCCCACUCGUCCUCUGGUCCAGCGGCUGCAAGGACUACGGCACCACCGGCCUCCACGGCGAGCCCGGGUUGGCGCCGCACACAGAAGACACGCCGCUGGCGCCGCACGAGCUGGUGCGCGGGCGGGCGGACGCGGCGGUUAAGGCGUUGGAGAGCGCGGGCGGGAGCGGCGGGUUCGAUGCGGUGGUGCUGCGGGCGACGCCGAUUUGUGGGUAUAGUGGGAGUUUGUAUGGGGCGGGGAUGGAGUAUGUGGAGGGGUUUGCGGCGGCGGUGAAGGAGGGGAAGAAUGAGGGGGACGACAAGGUGUUGCGGUUCGUGCCGCCGGCUGGGACGGUCAUGCAUGGGCUGCAUGUUGACGAUUGUGCGGACGCGUACGUUGCGGUUGCGGUGACGGCUUUGUUUGGGGGUGAGGGGAAGCGGAGGGGUGUCGUGGGCCAGGCGUUUAAUAUCUCUGGUAGGCGCUAUGAGACGCUGGAAGAAGUUGGCAAGGCGCUGGCGAAGGAUUAUGGGUUUGGUGGCGGCGCGGAGUUUGGCGUGGACCCCGCGGCGUUGCCGAAGGGGGUUGAUCCGAAGGGGUCGGAGAUCAUCUUUGGAUGGAGUCAGUGGGUGGAUAGCCGGAAGAUCAGGGAGGCGACGGGGUGGAGUGAUUGGCGCCCGUUGUUUUCGGAGAAUGUGCAUGCGUAUCGGUUGGCGUUUGAGGCGGCGAGGGAGGGCGCGGAUGAGAAUGUGAAGAGGAUCAGGGAGAGAAUGGCAGGAAACUGGGGAAAGGAGUAG